ACAGAAGAAAGAGAAACAUAAACCACCCAGAACCCAUUCCCAUUUCCAUUCCCAUUCCCAUUCUUUCUAACCAAAACGGAAAAGGGAAAAUGGCGUAUCGUCCUAGUUUCUACCUUGAAAUCGGCAGAAAGGCUAGAGAUCUCCUGUACAGGGAUUAUACAGAGCAACCACCAAUGCACUAUCACUAUGGGUGCUGCGACUGGAGCUAUGAUUUGGCCUUGAGAUCUCAAAUUUGUCGGUCGACUUCGCACGAAAUAAAUGACAACAACCAAGAAUUAGUGGGGGAGCAUGUUCCUGGAAUCAGCGCAGUUCUGCGAUUUAUUGUUCCUGAUCCGUUGUCUAGCAAGGUAGAACUUCGGUAUUUGCGCGAUUUUCUGGGGAUUACAGCAGGGAUUGAGGGGAUGACAACAAACCCAGUGAUGAGCUUCUCGGGUGUGAUCGGAAGCAGUGUCGUCUCCCUUGGAACUGAUCUGGCAUUCGACACCAUUCUAAAGAACUUCACCAAAUGCAAUGCUGGUUUGAGCUUCAGCAGCCCAAUCGUGUCUGCUUCGUUGACCUUGGAAGACAAGGGGGAUACUGCAAAGGCUUCCUGUUUCGGGUUAAUUAACCCGCUGACGAGCACGGCCAUUGCAGCAGAGCUGAAACAUACGUUUUCUCAGAAUGAGACAUCUCUGACCCUGGGAGCCCAGCAUGAGGUCGCCCCCUUGACGGUGAUAAAAGCACGGGCGGACACCACUGGGAAGGUGGGUGCUCUCUUCCAGCAUCAACUUGUGUCAAAGAUUUUCUUAACUCUUGCUGGGGAUGUGGACAUCCAGGAGCUCAAGACCAGUCCUACAAUCGGAUUGUCUUUGGCUCUCAGGCCUUAGAUCAAACCAAACUGCACACAAACAACAACGCCUCUAUCUCUGAGUUUCAAGACAUACAAUAAUUUAUACCAUCAUAAACACCCUAUCAUCAUCUUCCCUUUAGAUAUUCCUUUCUACCCUUUAUAUUGGUUCAAUUUCUCUAGGAUCAAAGUUAUGUUUUUGUAUGACUCUCAUAAUUUGGACAUUCCAGCCUGUGAGGAAAAGAAAGAAAGAAAGAAAGAAAGAAAAGAAAGAAAUAUAUGUAUACCUUUUCGGUUUUGGGAAUAGUGUGAUAUUUGAGUUAAUGAAAAAUUAAAGCUUAUUCUGUUUUUUCUUUGUUCAA